UGUUUUUUGUGGAUCAAAAUUUUCUGUCUGUGGUUAAAAAAUGGAAUUAAGUCUGAACUGUUAGUCGCAAUUACUGGUGAAAUAGACUAGAUAAAAUAGCGUCGAAUUAUUGUGAUAUUUUACCAAAUGUUUGAGUGUUUUAUUAUGUGUUGUUUCGUUGAAUCGCUUCCAAAUGAUUGUGACUAAAGCUGGUUUAACAAGUUGGCCAACGGUCAAGUGAUUUUUGUUUAGUCUUGCUGCGAAAACAAUUUGCGGCUGGAAAUGGAAUCCGGCGUUGCUGCUUUUGAUCCGAACGAUCUUAUCAGUUACUCGCCGGAAGAGUCGGAGGAUGAUGGCGAACCGCCACCUGCGCAGCAGGGCUCACAAUCGGUCCGUCGACCGCAACAAUCAGUACAACCGGAAGGAAGCUCAGUUGAUUUAGCCGCCAUUUCCGGCGAAGAGAUACAACUUACUGUGCCAUCCGCGUCCCACGUAACGGUUCAGCUUCGUAGUCCUUUGCAGGGAGCUCGCUUCAAGUGCAAGUUUUGUCCAACUUUUACCAACACGGCCGAAGAUUUCAUCAAACACUUCAUUAUGCAUUUCGGUAGGAACAGAAUUUCUUAUAAGCAGAUGUCCCAGGAAGAAGUUCGCGCACUACCGAAUGCAAACGAGAAAUUUGUCUGUGGAGUUUGUGGCCGUUGCUUCGAGGUGCGUGAUGAUGUUAAGGAUCAUAUGAUUAGCGAUCAUGGCUUUGUUGAGGCGAAACCGAAAGAUUCACACGAAGGCCCCAAAUCGAGUCCAUGCGCGGGGGUUGCGGUAAAGAAGAGGAAACUGGAAGACGAAUUCGUUGAUUCGCAGAAGUUAUCGAUAAGUGAUAGUUCCUCCUGUUCGUCUGAUGAGGUCAAGGAGGAACAGCUUCCCAUGGGACAAACCACUACGGUCGUAACGGUUCCGCAGCCUGUUAUUAGUGAAACUGCACUAGUAACACCCGCUGCGGUAAUUACUCAGCAGUCCUCGUUGGUUCGCGAAUGCCAAUUGCCACCAUCUUCCGUGAAUCAGCAGCAGUCGCAAAAUCAAGUUGGACCAACUAAGCCAGUAUCAGUCCCUCUCCUUCCUAAGGUGGACCAAUCGGAAGACGCAGAGCUUAACGAGUUUCUUCAGCCGAUGACACUGAAGCAACUCAAACUCAAAUUGCUAGCCGGUCUAAAGCUGAAAUGUCCUCAAAAGGGAUGUGUCUAUAAAUUUGAAACUCGCGCCAAAAGAGACAUCCACAUCAAGUGUCAUAAUAUCGAACCGAUACUAAUUGGUCCGGGUGGGCCAGUUCCAACUGGAACCGGAAAAGAUGAGAAAAAAGAUAACUUCAAAUGUUACCAGUGCGGGAUUGAGUAUCCCCGCUGGAGGGAGUGCUCCCAACAUCUCUGGAAGCAGCAUCAGGUGGACACAAAUAUGUUGAAGUGUCCGGUUUGUGAUGUUAGGUUUGAUUUUGCUGUCAAGGUGUACCGUCAUUUGCAAACACAUCGACCGGUUAAGGCUUUUGCCUGCUCGUCCUGUACAAAAUCUUUUGCGACGAAAUCUCAACUAUUGGUUCAUGAAGACAUUCACAAGAAACAGCUGCUAUCGCGUCCUAAACCAAAACCGGCCUCCACCACAAGCGGAAUCGCUGAUGGUGGUAAGGCACUGGGAACCGGCGACGAGGAGCGUGAUGUGGAUGCUGAAGAUGAAGACGAUGAGCCGAAAGAUCCGGACGGAAAACCCGCCGACAAGCUACCGUGGUACGCGGAACGAAAAUGUGACAUUUGCGGGCACAUGUUCAGCACAUCGAAGGUACUGUCCAAGCACAUCAAAACGGUACAUCAUAAGAUCAAACCAUUCAUCUGCAGUGUGUGUGGGUACAAAUCAGCCCGAAAGGUUACGCUGACGAUUCACAUGCGUCAGCAUUCGGGGCAGAAACCACUGGAGUGCAAAGAGUGUCAAUUCCGGACGGCGGAUCCAAGUGCACUCAAGUAUCACGAGAAGCGUCACACCAAGGACAAAUGGUACGAGUGCAAGUUUUGUGGGCUACUCACCAUCCAAGCCAGUGCCCUGAAGACCCACAUCCGUCUGAACCACCCGAAAGAGUAUGAAUCGAUCAAGUGCGAUCUGUGCAACUUCACCUCGGUUAAUGCGGAAUUGUUGACGCGGCACAAGAGCGACCACAAGGCCGGUUUGAUCAAGAGUGAGGAUUCGCACGAUUCGGUGUCUUCUAAGCGUUCGAAGAAUGCUCCGGAAAGUUCGUCGGAUUGUUUCUUACCGAUAGAAAGCACGGAUUCGGUGGUUCAUGACGCCGGUGGAUUCACUAUUCCUGCUGUGAUCAAUGCACCAGUGGCACACUCGGAGGAAACGCAGUUUCCUACCUGAUAAGUGCGGGGUGUAUCUUGUUUUUUUCUGCAUGUAUUGGACGUUGUAGUAUCUGCCUAUAUUUGUUUUCUACACUGUGUUGGUUUCUACUCGACACAGUGUGUGCAUGUCGAUUACUACUGUAGUAGCAUAAAUCAUGUUUUAUUUAUUGAUUAGUUUUACGAUGGUAACCAAUUGACUGUAUUCUACGGUACAAUAUUUGUCACAUUAUGGUUAAACAGGUAAUUAAAGUCAAACAUGCUUGCUAUAGUAA